AUUUCCUCAAAAAAUAGAAUUAUAUGACGCAGUUAUCGGCAAUGACGUCACGUUUUACCUUGGAAUACCCCACCCACCCUUCUCUCGAAAACUUUCUCAGCGAAAAGUCUGUCAAUAAUCUGGAGCUUAAAGAAUGGCCAAAGCUUGAUCACCAAAAUGUUCUACGCCUGUUAGAUGUAUAUGAUAUUGACAGUGUAGUAAUAUUUGUCACUGAUCUUAUGAGCACCAACCUCUUCUUCAAACUACAGAAUCACGAUUUCAAGAAAGAUCCAAAUGCCGUGGAGAAAUGCAGAAUAUAUGCCACUCAAAUUCUUUGCGGUUUAGCUUACCUUCAUAGUAGGCUGUUAUGCCAUUUGGAUUUAAGAGCUGAGAAUAUUUUCAUAACAUCUGAUGAUAAAGCUGUAGUGGCAGAUUUUUCGGGACUCUCUUGGAUAACAGAUAAAAAAAUUUAUUGUCCAUUGCCUCGAUCUCUGAAACCACCUGAAAUGCUGACAAGCAAGAAAAAGGUGGAACCUAUGCCUAUCGAUCUAUGGGCUUAUGGUUUCGACUGAAAAUUCUGCAGGAAAAAUUAUCUCAAACCUCGAAAUUUCAAAAUCUCAAAAACAGAAAGGUAAAAAGAGAAAGUGGAAAAAAAUUAACUUCAAGAAGUUUAAAUUCUUUCAUAUAAGUUCGCCGCCUACAUUUAAGUCGAAAGCACUGAAGAAGAAAAAGAGGGAAAGGAAAGAGGAAGUCUCAAGGAUAACUAAAUCUCAGGAAAA